UCUAUCUUCCUUGGUGAAACAACAGCUAUUGUCUUCGAAGUAUGUUCAAUUCUAGACUCUCACAAGUUGGGCGGAUGGUCAAGCAGCUGACAAGAGGUCAAUUCACAUCUGUAACUAGAGCUGAGUACUUGCAAAGCCCAUACAAUUGUUAUCCGUGGCCAGUGAAACAUCGUCCUUUCUCUACCACAGCUGCUGAUAAUAGUCACGAGGAAGGGAAUGAAGAGAAAGAAGGGAGGAUAUCUGUGACAUUUGUUGACAAGUAUGGAGAGGAGAAGGAAAUCAAGGUCCCUAUUGGGAUGUCUAUGUUAGAAGCUGCCCACCAAAAUGAUAUCGAACUUGAAGGAGCGUGUGAAGGUUCGCUUGCAUGUUCCACAUGUCACGUGAUUGUGAUGGACGUUGAUUACUAUAAUAAACUAGAAGAACCAUUGGACGAGGAGAACGAUAUGUUGGAUCUGGCAUUUGGUCUUACAGAAACGUCUCGCUUGGGUUGUCAGGUGAUUGCUAAGCCUGAACUUGAUGGAAUUCGCUUAGCGCUCCCUGCUGCCACCCGAAACUUUGCUGUUGAUGGGUAUGUACCAAAACCACACUGAAUACUUUGAGAAGGCAGACAUAGCAUGUCAUUGUCUCAGUUUUGUAGAAUUCCUUUUGUUAGUAAAAACUAUACACAUUUCAUUUUUCGAUAAUGGUUAACUCUCAUCGUAUUGUUCAAUUGUUUGUAGUUUUUG